GAGACCGAGAGGCGUCCGCACCUCACCUGGAUCCUGGGACACCUCCUUCCUCCUUCCUCCUCCUUAAAAAAAGAGAGAGGAACAUCCUUAGGUAUCCUUAAGACCUUCCUUCCACGGUGUUACGUCGUAGGCAAGGACAUGAUCGCGACAGACGAAGCGCUGCGGAGACUCGGCACUCUCUUCUAUGUCGUGUCACCGAGGUCCUCCUCCUUCAGCACGGUCAAGGAGGUGCCGAACUACAUCAAUGAGGCAGUCCCCUGGUUCGUCGUCAUCGUGCUUUUCAAGGAGCUGUGUGGGCGCGCGCAGGGUCGUCAGCUCGGCCGCAUGUGUGAUAACGUGACUUCGCUGGGUCACGCCACGCUCUACGAGUCCGUCAAGUGAGGCCUUUGGAGGUUUUAUCUUUUACUUUUUUUUUUUUUUUUUUUUUUUUUGUUGUUGUUGUUGUUGUCUUG